ACGGGACACGGCCCCUGGGAUUGCGUGCCUGUGCUUGACAGACUACUCAGCAAAGUGGCGCAAUAAAUCCUCCGAGAGGAGGCGGCCGAUGACGAGUCGGAGUCAUGCCCAGACCUUGCUUCCUCCUCGCCAUCGCCUUGUUCUCUGCCGUCUCUACUUCUGCAACGACGAACAAUGCGACUCGGGUGCGCUCCGUGAGCUUGGGAGGCUGGCUGGUGAUUGAGAAAUGGAUCAAGCCGUCGCUGUUUGAUGGAAUCGUGGAGCCGGACCUCUUAGUAAUCUAGUUUUUGUUUCCUUGUCCUCUAGUUGUUUUGUGUUGCCUUGUCUUGUCUCGUCCAGGAUGGAACUCUUGUUACAUUCAAGUCACUGGUUCUGGGGACUUAUGUGACGGCUGCCAAUGGAGGUGGCUCGGACGUCACUGCCAACGGCACCUCGGCGUCGGACUGGCAAACAUUCAAGCUAUGGCGUGUUUCCAGUACAUUGUUCCAGUUUCGGGUGUCCAAUAACCAGUUUAUCUCAGCACCGGAUUCGAGUGUCUCCGCCACCGUGGACUCUCCCGGACAGUCUGAAACGUUUGAGAUUAGUCGAAACGGUGGCCUGGUGAUGCUUCGAGCCCCCAAUGGAAUGUACCUCCAGGCAAAUGAGAGCUCUCGACUGACUGCCGAUUACAAUGGGACUCUGGGAUGGAGCAGUGACAAUCCAGCAGUCUUUAAUAUGACUGUCAAUACUGUUCUUGGUGGAGAGUUCCAGCUCGCGAAUGGGUACGACAAAGAAGACGCACAAACCGUGUUCAAGAAACACCGAGAGAGCUUCAUCACUCAAGACGACUUCAAGUUCUUGGCUGCAAACGCAAUCAACAACGUUAGAAUUCCGAUUGGCUGGUGGAUUGCAUACGACCCAGAGCCUCCAUUCCCAUUCGUUUCCGGCUCGCUCGAGGCACUGGACAACGCAUUCACCUGGGCAGAGAACACCGGCAUCAGCGUCCUAGUGGAUCUCCACGCGGCCCCGGGAUCUCAAAGCCAGUGGCAACACUGUGGAACUCGGGACGGCGUUUCAGAGUGGGCCAAAGCCAACACCAGCUACAUCUCCGAUACACUUUCAGUUAUUGAAUUUCUGACCUCCAGAUACGCAAGCCAUUCCGCAUUUUUUGGCAUCGAGCUUCUCAACGAGCCAACUCAGCAGCACGUACCACUCGACGUCCUCCGCAAUUACUACGUUGCGGGCUACAGCAGGGUCAGAAAAUACAGCUCAAGCUGCUUCGUGAUCAUCUGCCAGCUGAUCGGCGCAAACCCGAGCAUACUGGUGGAUUUCAUGGCACCCAGCGACGGCUACACCAACGUCGCCUUGGACGUCCACUGGUACAACCUCUUCGAGAACAGAUUCGUGAACACUACGGCGCAGUGGAACAUCGACUAUAUCCUCAACCAGAGGAACUCCGAUCUCCAAAAGCUCAACAACGCAAACGGGCCUCUCAUACUCGUUGGGGAAUGGACCAACGAGUGGGAUGUGCAAGGAGCCACCAUGUCGGACUACCGAAACUUUGGAGCGGCACAGCUCAAAGUGUUUGGAAACGCAUCGCUAGGGUGGUCUUACUGGGGACUCAAGAGCAAGGAUCUGCACUGGGACUUCGAAAGAACCGUGGAAAAGGGACUGCUCACACGCCAGAGCAACGGACAGUGGCCUUGAAAAAGAACAAACAGGGCCAGUGACAACUCUCAAGAACAAAAAUUCCAGGGAAAACAAACGAUUUUUUUCUCGAAGCAAGGACUAUAGUUUAUAGGCAAAAUUAUUCUUAUAUCACAGAGGUAUGAUCUUUACUCUGUUCUUGCGCUUCUACUCACUUUGAUGAAGCAAGUAGUUUGUAGACAAAAGUCUUCUUAUAUCACAGAGGUACGAUCUUUUACUUUGUUCACUCACUUUGAUGAAGCAAGGACUAUAGUUUGUAGACAAAAGUUUUCUUAUAUCACAGAGGUAUGAUCUCUUCUUUGUUCACUCACUUUGAUGAAGCAAGGACUAUAGUUUGUAGACAAAAGUUUUCUUAUAUCACAGAGGUAUGAUCUUUA